AUUCUGUUGUUGUUGUUGCUGUUGUUUGUUCUCAAUGUCGGUUCUGCCGUCGAUUUACGAUAUUCCCGCGCUGCCGAUAUCGGACGCAGAGCUCUUUCUGCGCACUUUUGUUCGCCUCUUUGCUGCUGCUGCUCUGCCGCCCGCAAACUACCCCGACGUCCUCCUUCCUUCCCCACAUCCUCCUCCAUCUCCGUCUUCUCCACCACCGACUUCCUCUUCUCAGCUACCAUCUCUGUCUUCUUUUGACAAGUCCAGGAUCAUCGCGGCAUACACAUCACCACAACCCUCCCUCGAUCUCCCUCCACUCCCCCCUCCUCCUCUUCCUCCUCCUCCUCCUCCUCCUCCUCCUCCCCGAUCCUCCUCCACUAUCAACUCACCCCCCUCCCCCAUCCUCGACCCCGCCACCGCCCUCGCCGAACUUGACUCCAUCUCCCGCUCCCUCCACGACCCCCGCCUCCCCUUCAUCAUCGCGCCCUCAGACCACCUCGCCCAGCGCUCCUCCUCCCUCACUGCCCCAAAUAAACGUGUCCCCCCCACCGUCAACGAAAUCCACUUCCGCACCGUCAACUUCAGCGACCACCGCCGCGCCUCCGUCCCGCAAAUCCCCGUCGACUACUUCUCCUCCAGCAUCUCCUCCGCCAGCGCCUCCCCGGGCUCCGUCCUCUCGCCCUCCCGCCGUCGCAGCUCCGGCAACACCAGUUCCUCCAGCAGCAUCGCCAGCUGCGACGUCGACGAAAUCGUCGCCGACUCGACCAUUGCCUCUUCGUUCAUCAUCACCGAGCCCAGCUCCUCCGCCUUUCCCCGAUACCCGUCCGCCAACUCUAUGGCCUCCACUUCCGCGCCCUUCAUCUACUCCUCCGGACGCCGCAUAAACGACCUCUCCGUCUCUUCUGAAGCCACCACCACUUCCUCCUUCUCCUCGAUAUCCCCGUCGACCCACAACCCCUCCUUCCUUCAAUCCUCAUCCACAUCCUCCUCCUUAAAGAAGUUCCCACAGAAACUAAAACAGCGACGUUUCUUCUCCUCCUCACUCUCCGCGACCUCACCGCCCUCAUUCUCAUCCUCCUCCUCCUCACACACCAACCGGACACGCUCGGACCAGCUCUCGCCCAUCUCCUCCAAAUCAGAACCCACCGACCAACCCUCCUCCUCCACCUCCCGCCUUACUCCCGCGCCAUCCGAAAUCCCCUACUCCUCGCGCUCGCCCUCAGACUCCCAGCAGCAUUCCCACUCCGCAAAGCCCCACGCGGCUCCUUACGGCAGCAAACCUGACUCUCCAUACUACGUCCUCACAAACAUGGGCGUCCGGCUCGUCACUCCUGGAAAAGACGGAAAUACCCCGUCUUCAUCUGACGCGCCGGUUGAGUCCCCGCCAGCUAGCCCUUCGCUGUCUGCGACCAACAGACUGUCGGUCUCUUCUUCAGGCAAGAAGCUUAGUACUUCGAGUGUAUCUACUACUUCUUCCUCGGCUGGUAAAUCGAGAAAAGGGUCCGCUGUGAGUUCGAGCUCGGCAAAGUCUUGGAUUUUUGGGAAGAAGAAUAGGUCUAGUCGGUCUUCUUAGGAUUGUUUUAUGGCGUUUCAUAUCUUUGUAUUUCUACUACAUUUAUUAUGCACUUAUAAAAAUAUUCAUUGCAAAUACUCACUACUAAAACAUACAAUACA